CGAACUGCACCAAUCAAUAAUCGAAGUCACUAGCGACCAAUUCACACUUAUUCCUUCGAUAUUACAACUUUUCGAUUAUCGAAGGAGAAUCAUUUCGAUAAUCGAAAUUGAAAGAAUAGAUAACGGAAUUUUGGACGAUGUCAACACCGGGACGAAUAAAACUACAAUCAAAAAAUAAAAUUAAAGAAAAGGCAAAUAAUAAUGAAUUAAUAUUCAAACAAAGUAGUAGCAUUCAUGAACAAAAAAAAAUAAAGGAGUUAUGGAAGUUUUUAGAUUUGCAAUGUGAUUUGCAGCCCUUUAAGCCAUUACAAUCAAGAAGCAAAUUACCUUUUUAUUCCUGUAUAUGUGAUCCUCACAAACAGUUGGAAAAAUCCGAAGGAUUUGUAUCUGAUAGUGCUUCCGAUUUAAAAUUACCGUCUUCGUCCGAAGAUGUAAAUAAAAAAAGAAUUUGGUACCAUGGCUUACAAUUUUUUCAAAAAAUUGGAUUAGACAAGGCUGCCCUCUUUAAAGACAAAUGUAAAUUUUGUUUCGCGGAAAAAGAUUUUGAGAAAUUGAACAUGGAUUAUACCGAUGAAGUAUCUCAAACAUACGAUGAAUUGCAAGCAGAGAUAACAUCUUUCGAAAAACGGUUAGCAAUUCGUGGAGUCGAAAAUUUGAAUAUUUGGAAAAAUUAAUCGACGGAAUGAACAUUUAUAUGCAAGCAAAUUCUUCGUAAAGAAAUAGAAGAAUAAAAUCAAAGUAGAAAGAUAAAAGAAACGAUAGAUGGCCUACAGAGGUUAGGGUUGCAUCUACUAAAUAAGAAGGAAGAGUGAUAGAAAAAGGAAAGGGUUAUAGAGAAGAGAGAAAGAUAGAUAGAAAGAGAAUGAUGGUGGGUUAAAGAGAGGGAAGUAGAGAAGAGGAGAGGAAAAGCAGUCUCGUUGACGGAGAUUCGACGAAGCAGCGAUGUUUAAUCGGUGUUGGCCCGCAUCAGGUUGAUCGAGGACCCCCCAGUCGGGUGUUUGAGGACGACGACGGCGACGUGAGGCACACACUGUGGGGUACCGUGGAGCACACCGUUGGGGUGGGAGAGGAAAGGACGCGAGUAAAAGCGAGGAGGGUACCCGGCUAGAGGCUACGCUGUGCCGAUGAAGCGAACAAUGGAGGCGGGAUGCUCAUUUGUCUGCGGGUAUUGUUGUUCACUCGGCCGGAAACACGAGAGCUCCGUACUCUCUCUCUCUCUCUCUCUCUCUCUCCUUCUCUCUUUUUCUUGCUCCCUCCCCUCUCUUUGUCCUUCAUUCUCCAUGUCUCUUCCUCUUUUUCUCUAUAUUUCCUUCAUCCUAGUUCUCUUCCUCUUCCUCCUCUUCCUUCUCUUUCUCUCAUCAUUCGCUAGUUUCAUCUCUUUAUCUAUCUUUCUUUUUCUCAAAAAUCACCGCAAUUCCUUUUAUCAUUUCUCGUACUCGUUAUACUCUU